AGUCUUUUGCCGUCCUUUUCUGUUUCGUGGCUGCGGUGGUUGUGCUUACAGAAGCGACUUAGGUGAAGAAGGAGGCGAAAGAAGACCCUUUGCCCCUCCUUUCUUUUUUCCACUUCGAUUAUCGUAGGAGCGUCUGAUCCUCAUUUGCAAAAGAUCAGAGGCUGACGCAUAUAGACGCUCCCUUGCCGUAGCAGAGAUUUCAACAGGCCACGAACCACGUCUACCUGCCUUCCUCCGUAGUGUGAAGAAGAAAAAGCAAAACGAAUCUAUUGGUGACGGGUUCAACAUGUCGGUGCCUCCGCCCUCACGCGAAGGUUCGAUGCCCCACGCCGCCUCCCGCAGCAGGGAGCACUCACCGCUGACGGAGGAGGAACGUGCCCGGGCCUCCUACGCCAGCGCCUCCACCUCUGAGGUGUCCAGCACGGUGCGCGCUUCGUCUUCGAGGGCAAAUGAGUUUGCGCUGCCUCGACGUGACACUGCGGGAUUCAGCAGCGGCACCGGAGGUGUGCGCACGAUUCCGUUUUAUGCUGCAGCUCCGUCCGCAUUGAAAGAUGCCUCGGCGACUGCGCCGCACCGACAGUCUCCUCGGACGACGCUGGACAGAAGCGGUGCAGGCGGCGACCGUUCUGAUCCGAGCCCACCACGUCUGAGCUCCACCGGUGUAGCGACGAACAGCAGCACGCCGGCACUCGCCCGCUCAUUCACGACUGAACGUCACGACUUGCCGGGGAAGCUGUUUGGCACGCACGGCACACAGCGACAGCGCGUCAGCGGCAGCGGUGAUGCGUCUGCAGAAGCGCCACGGAGUGACAUUUCUCGCAGGGGAUCGCUGCCGAGCCUCGGUGCAGGCCGUCGCGACCCCUCUGGCAGCAUCGAACAACCAAGUGGUGGUGGUGUGGCGAGCAGCAGCAGCCCGUUCGUUGAGCGACGAAGCACUCCCACUCGCCCCUCCCCAUCUGCCGCCAACGUCGGCGCCUCUGGCCGGCCCAUCGAGGAGGCCCUCUUUUACGCGGAUGUCCUCUUUAUGUGGAUGGGGGUGACGCAGACGCAGUACUUCACGUACGAUGCGAGUGAGAACGCGUACUGCAUGACUCCGGGCGUGGGAACAGCGGUGCAGCAGCAGGCGGCGGAGGUGUUUCAAGAGUGCGGCACGCUGGCGCGUCACAUUGACGUGGCACUGCGCCAGCCCAGUUCCACCGGUGAUUCCUUUCUGCAGCAGAGCUUGCGAAGUGCCCUGCGCCGGCAGCUGACGCAGUACCACUACCUCGUCUCCAUGAUCCGCGAACGUCGCGACCCACCACUGCACAUGGGCGAUCUUAUGGUCGCCUACAAGCGCGUGCAGCCGAAGCUGUGGGUGAUGGAGUGCGUCUUGCGCGAGACGCAGCAUGUCAAGGGUGGCGAGCUCGCCUCCAAGAUGCAGCAGCUGGUCCAGCAGGGCUCCCAUCGACUCUCUUCUCUCCUGUACGACAUCUACAUUGAAACGGUGAGUCCGCUGCUGCUGAUGACGGUGGAGAGCAUCACGAAAGGUGAGGUGUGCGAUCCCCUGCGCGAGUUCUACAUCGUGCCGAACGACGCCGUCGAGGACACGGCGGAAGACUUUUGGGUGUCGAAGUACUCGCUCAACACGGAGAUGCUGCCGAGCACGGUGCCCGAGAGUGUGGCGCACGACAUCCUCCUGGUCACCAAGAACAUCCGCUUUAUCUGCCGCUGCUGUCGCGCGAAGCAGUGGCGGAUGGAUCCCGUGCUUCUCGCGGAGGCGGAACGCGCCACCUUUGACACGCUACCGAUCGUUGUGCAUCGAGCGCUGGCGUUUACGAACACGGCGGUGCUCCGGCUGAUCCGCGAAGAGUUCGAGCUCGUGAAGGUGCUUCGUCUCGUCAACGCGUUCUUGCUGGUCGGCUACGGCGACUUCUACGAGCUGCUGAUCACGAAACUCGAGCCCAUCUUGUCGAAGAUGAGCAGCGCGGUGCACGUGUCGGUGGUGCGCGAUCAGGUGCAGAGCGCCUUGGCAGAGAUCACGCCCUACGCGAAGCACCUCGACACCGACCGCCUUGCGCUGCUGCAGUGUGAAAUGGUUAAGGACGAUGGCAAGCUGGGCUGGGACAGCUUCGUCAUGACGAUGCCCCUUCCCUCCCCUCUCAACAACCUCUUCGACCAGACCGCCAUGAAGGUGUAUCGACGCCUGUUCCGCCUGAUGUUUCGCGUGAAGGUGGCGGAGGUGGCGUUGAAGAAGGCGUGGCGGCAAAACGUAAUGCUGGACCGCCUCAUCAGCAGCGUGCAGCGCAGCUCGCAGGAGGUGUCGGCAUGGCGCGAGGUGGCGGCGGAUGCGCAUCUGUUGGGCCUGCAACUGAAUCACUUUGUGAACAACUUGUGGUCGUACCUCGUCGCCGAGGUGUGCACCGUGGCGCAGGACUUGCUUCUCAAGGCGAUUGAGCGGUGCGCCUCAAUGGACGACAUCCGCACCGCUCACAACGCCUACCUCGCCUACCUGACACAGCGCUCCCUUCUCCACUCGGACUGCGCAACGAUUCGCAUGAACGUGGAGAACAUCGUGACCAUCGUGCGCGAGUACUGCGGCUCGCAGGCGCUGCUGACGUCGCUGCUGCAGCGCGGUUCAGGUGAUUUGUCCACCGUGAAGCGGCAGUACCAAGGCCUGACGGACGAUUUCCACCGCGAGAUGUCGUCGCUGCUCACCACGUUGGAGGAGCAGCACGUUCACUUUGAUUUCCUCAACUUUCUGUUGCUGCGGCUGAACUUCAACCGCUUCUACCACGACACCUCUGAUGCGGCCUACAACACCGAGUUUUGA